UGCUCUGGGCAGCGGGCCUCCUUUGCAAAGGAUUAUCUGCCUUUUAGUCACUGCACAGAUAUUAUUACAGGAGGAUUGUGCUGGGCAGCCAGCCCGAGUCCACCCUGCACCUUGCUGACUGCCAGAAUGAGCAAAUACUUCCGCUUUCCUGCUGUUCCCUCCCCUCUCCUUAUACCUGUAACCUGUAACCGGGCUGUGUCUAGAGCCAGCUGGAGCUUCUGGGGCAGCGGCAGGGCUGGGAGCUUGGAGAAAACCUGAGAGAGCGAAGAGAAACCAAGCAACAGAGGACCGGAGCAUAGGUAGGAGCCACCCGGCAGCAACCCGGACCGCGGAGCCGCUGCCUCCCUGCCUUCGCGCUGCGGCUCGGGGGAGAUGAGCAUUUCCUCGGAGCACAAGCCCCUGGGGAAGCAGGUCACCAGCAGCCUGCAAACGUUGUCACCAAUAGUGGAGUUAAAUGUUGGUGGGGAGAUGUACACAACAACGCUGAGCACCUUAAAGAAACACCCUGGCUCCAAGCUUGCAGAGAUGUUUACUGGCCAGCCCAAACUGAGGACUGACUCAGAAGGCAGGUUCUUCAUUGACAGGCCAGGGACCUAUUUCAAAUACAUCCUGGAGUAUCUGCGUAGUAACCAAGUGCCCACGCAGUGCAUCCAGGAUGUGUACAGGGAGGCGUUGUUCUACGACAUUGAACCUCUCAUCAAGCAGCUGGAAGACUCCCCUCAGAUCUUCGGGGAACUAGUGGCGAGGAAGCAAUUUCUGGCCCGUGUGCCCAAUUACAGCGAGAACAUCGAACUGAUGAUCCGCAUCGCGAGGGCGGAAGCGGUCGCGUCCCGCCGGUCCAGCGUCAUCGUGUGCGUUGUCAGAACUGAGGAGGACGCUGCCAGGUGCCAGGAUGCCUUGAACAGCUUGGACAUGGAUAAAAAAUCCGUGGUGAAAUUUGGCCCCUGGAAGGCAACACCAAGCAUUUCUGAUCUGCUGGACUGCAUUCAAAUGGAUGUCGAAGCCAAAGGGUACAAAAUAUCCUUUCAGCCCCAUGUUGCAGAAAAAGGGUUUCGCUUCAAAUCCUAUGACUACUUCUACAAAUUCCUGUUCACCUGGUGGUAGCGAAGUGCCACCAUUGACGGGGAAUGGAGAAAAGCAGUUGUUCAAACAAACUGACUUGGGAUGUGGAGACUAAGCCAUGGACUACUGAAAAGACAGGAAGAAAUGGAUGGGCCAGUGAAAGGUUCUCUUUGAUGUUUCUUGCCAAAUUAAACAGCAUUUAUGAGCCACCAUUUUGUUAGGUAUUUAGAAGAUAACUGUACAUUUUAAAAGAUACGUGUUUAGAUAUGUGGUAUGACCUUUUCCAAAAUGCUUAUUCCUUUCGCACCUUUCGAUCACUUUUACUGCCUAUACUGAGAAGUAACAGGCCCUGCAGAGGCAAUCCAGGUAUCAGGAAAAGGAUGAAUUUUAUUCUCUUUCCUGUGUUGUUGACUAUUAGAAAAGUUCAGAGAGCCAGGCUCUGUGAUUAAUACUUCACUGCUCCUCAUAUAUCGCCAGGCAUGAUCUUUUCUGGUGAAAAAGUCACAUGAAGUUCCCCAAAAGUGCAUUAAUUUAUGCCAGCUUAAAUUGGGAUCUUUAACAAAAAGGCAAAAGCUCUGGCUCUCAUCCUUUUCCAUACCAGAUCCUAGGUUAAAAAGGAUUUCAACAUCCCGCUCUCUCCUCUUGUUCCUCCAGCAGAUAGCCCAUUCUCUAGCCAAUGUAUUUAUUACUGUUAUUUAUUAUUUAUUCUGAAGUAAAGACAAAGAACCCUCACUAUUGUGCAGGAUCAACACAAGGUAAAAAUACUGUUACUAAUCCAAGUCUAUAAUCUAAGGACACCCACUCCUUUCUCAUGCCACACUAUUAGAUCUUUCCCUUGUGACAUCUAUUAUUAUUCUUUUAUUUUUUAAAAUAUAAGCUUCUGCAAGAAUAAGGAAAGCUCACAGUGAUUUGACUGGAAUGAAGCGCUACUGAAGCAAAACCCCAGGGCCUCAGUGGCGCUUUGGCCUUGCAGGACACUGGAUUGGGUGCUACGUCACGUUUUAAAAACCUUAAUCUUCCAAAGUUUAUUUUUGUACUGGAGAUGGCUGUUAGCUUGUAUUUCAUCACUCUGGGGGUAUCUGAAAAUCAUUAUGGCUGGUCUAGAUUAUGGUUGUAUUUCCUUUUCUUCUCAAAACAUGGAUUUCUUCUAGUUGAAAGCAAUAAUCUCCGGGUUGUUAAAUAAAUGGACUUUAAAAGCUC